UUUGGUUGGGCAGCUGCCCAGAAUUCUCUGGCGCAUUCGCCAAGUCGCUAGCCGAGUGCGAGGAACGCUAGGAACACACCUCGUUCGCAUCGUCAUGCUGGCACUGUUCGUCGUCGCCAAGGGUAUCGUGGCUGAGCAAGCCGAUAUCGAGGACGUCCUCGACAGCGACCUCACCAUGCGAUAUCGCUUCCAAUCCGUUAUCGAACAACCGUCGAGUGCUGCCAACGCGGCCGCCGCUUGCAGCUGUAAAGUGGCCAAUUCACACACCGUCUACUUGACACCAGUGAACGCGCCUGCGCACCGUCCCAUCCAUUCACCCGCACGCCACUCGAACCACUCGUCAGCACACCGGUCGACCAGUCAAUCUCAACACAAGAAGCGCCCGCCACUCGAUGUAUCCCGGCGGCCGAUCCCCGGGGUCGUUGUUGAGUACAAAUACGUGACAAAGUGCCCAAGCCGGCCUCGCUCUACCUCCGACCAUGCGACUAUCGUAGCUGGGAAGCACGUGCCGUUCCAGGACGCCGACGUGCGGCACUGGCGGAACAAGCGGCGGCCAUACAUUAUGUCCUUGCCUGCUGUUAACGAGGAAGACGGGAUGUCGUGCGAGCUUUGCGUAUCUCGACAGUUUACUCGAAGUGCCGACACGAUCGCCAUCAGUAUCCUGCCGUCGCCCCCGCGAAAACCUGCGUCGCCGGCCUGAACUUUUCCGCCAACGGGCUACAACUCUGUCGCUUCUCUUGUAGUUGGUACAACCACCACGAUCGCAUUUUCCGAGCUUGCGAAGUUGGCCCGAUGGGUCAGGCCAGGCGUAGUCGAACCAGUGGCUUCAAUUAUUUUGCACAACACGUCACGAACUAGGAUGCUCUUGACCGCAGAGCGUGCAGUACAGAGCUCAGUGCAGAGUAGUGCUGUGUAUGGAGGAGCGUGGGGGAUGGCAGCUUCCCCACCUAGGCGCUGCCAGCAGCUGCACUGCCUCUCAUCAUGAGUGCCUCGUCCACAUGUGAAUACAAAAUUACAUUCGGCUUGA